UGAGACAUUUUCUCUUUGGGUUUCAAUCUUGGGGUAAAGAAAGAGUGUGUGCAUGUGUAGGUGUGCAUACCACUUGUAUCUUUUGCAAGAGGACAGCUCCAGUAGGGGCUCCUGGGUCUUUACCUUCUACUUACUUGUAUCAUAAAUACCGCUUACAACUCAACACACUACUUCUGGAGAAGUCUUUCCAUUUUGUCUUGUUGGGCAGAGCCUGUAGAGGCCCAGUCAACCCAUAGGAUGCUGGUGUUAGGCAGCCAGGAUGAGCUGCAAGUGCUGAAGAAAGAGCUGAGAUGUUGCUUCCCAGAAUCUCUGAAGGUCUAUGGAGCUGUGCUGAACAUCUGCCAGGGAAAUGCUUUUCAUCAGGAGGUUCUGGUAGAUUCCUGGCCCAACUUUCAAGUGGUUAUUGCACGGCCCCAAAGAGAGAAAAUACCAUUGGAAACCAACUACUUCACCCAGUCCUAUGCAGUUUUCUGUAGGCUCCUGAGUGCCUUUGAAGAAUUGGUUAAAGAUACUGAUGCUAUCGACUGGAAACAGGAAUUUCUACUACAGGCUUUGCAAGUCAGUGUGUAUCAAAGGUCCCGGAGCCUCGCUGCUGCCAGGUGUUCUUCUGCAAAGUUGUUGACUCAGACCCAAGUUUUUAUUCUGCAGAACCCAUCACAUUUGCCGGCUGCUGUAGCCAGGUCUGGUUCAGAAUUGAAACUCUCAUCCCUCAAAAUCACUGAUGCUGCCCUGCUGAAUGAGACGUGGAGCGUAGGGGGAACUGAGCAGAGCCUGCAGUACUUAUCUCAGCUAAUCCAAUGCUUCCCUAGCUGUUGUCUUCUGGAUGCCGGAGGAUGCCCAAUUUCAUGGGUCCUUCUGGAUCAGUUUGGGAGUUUGACCCAUGCUUACACCAUGCCUGAGCAUCGGGGCAAAGGCUAUAUUCAGAUGGCGAUAGCAGCAUUGGCAAAGAAGUUACACAGCAUCGAUUUUCCAGUGUAUGGAGAUGUUUUGGAAAACAACACAGCUAUGCAGAGGGCCAUGAAAAACAUGGGAGCCCACUUCACCAGUUGCUCUCUGCUUUACGACCUGUAUACCCCUCAGGCCUCUGUAGACGCUGGCUCUCCAAAUAUUCAAAGAGUUAUAUCAGAGUCAACUCUAACCUAACUUCUCCAGGCACUAAAUCCCAAACUUUAGCCUCAUAGCCAAUCAGGUAACAGGUAUGCUCAGUAAGUUGCUGAAAUGUUCAUGAAAAGCCUCUUAAAUUAAAUUAAAUAUGCCAUUUGCCUAUUGCUGGAUAUUGAAUGGUUUGAAAAGAAGUACAUUGAAUGGGCAACUUCCCUGAGGUCCAGGGAGAAGGAAAAUUUCUGCCUUUGAAUCCUUUAAGGACCAUUUUGAAUGGAUUCUGAAGUGGCCAGAAGUCUAAUUCUGGUUUUUUUAAGAAGUGCUUUUUAAUAUUAAAAAGGGCAGUCUACCUAUUUAAAGACCAAAACUAGUAUUCCUAGAGGCUUCUAGGUGUUACAAAUUAGCUUAAUAUUUGUUUAAGGGAGGUGGUAGAGAUG